ACUGCGCAUGUGCCACCAUUGUUGACAUCCGGGUUCUUUUUCUCCAAGCUCCGCGCGUGUGGCAGCGUGCUUGUUUACUGCGGGGCAAGGGAGUGAGGAGGGCGGUGGAGUCUCGCGCUCGGCCAUGUCGCACGGGCACAGCCACGGCGGGGGCAGCUGUUGCCAUAGUGACGAUCACGAAGAGCCUCCCGAGCGGCGCGGCCAGGCCUGGGGCCUUUACCUGCGCAUCGACCAUGAGCGCCUGGAGUGCCUCAACGAGCGGAGGGAAGGCAGCGGGGCCCUCAUCUUCCGCGCCUGGGAAGACCGCGGGGACCGCCAGAAGUUUGUAGAAAGUGAUGAUGAUGAAGAGCUUUUGUUUAAUGUUCCUUUUACCGGCAAUGUGAAACUGAAAGGGAUCAUUGUGAUGGGAGAGGAUGACGACACACACCCAUCAGAAAUGAGAUUGUUUAAGAACAUUCCUCACAUGUCCUUUGAUGAUACUGCCAGAGAACCAGAUCAGAUGUUCAGCCUGAAUCGUGACAUUACAGGAGAACUGGAAUAUCCUACAAAAAUUGCUCGCUUUUCAAAUGUUUAUCAUCUUUCCAUCCACAUCUCCAAGAAUUUUGGUGCUGAGACAACAAAGAUCUUUUAUAUAGGCCUGAGGGGAGAAUGGACAGAACCUCAUCGGCAUGAAGUGACCAUCUGCAACUAUGAAGCAGCGGCAAACCCAGCUGAUCAUAAAAUUGAUCAGAUCACACCACAGACGCACUUCAUUUCCUAAAUGCAGAGGCUUAUGCAGCCACAGACCAUUGGGCAGACUUGGAAGAACAUCAAACACAUGAGGCAACAAGGAGCGUUGUAGCUUUCAUUCUUUUCUGGGUGUAUGUGCGUCUGCUUUGGAAAAGCAGGACACCAAAUGUUUGCAAUUAGGUAUAACGCAAGGACAGUUGUGGCUUGAGACUUUACAAGUAUCAAAGGAGCAGGUCUUGAAAAUAUUGGCCCUUGCCUGCCUGCACUGUGGUUAUCUCAACUAUAUUGUAUUGGUUAGGGGCAGAAUUUUUUUUCCAGUCAGUUAUCUUCCUGUUUAGUUGCUACUUCUGCUGCUGGCAUACAUGAGGUGUGAGGCUGCUGGGGUACUUGAUCUGGGAUUGUUGCACAAUCUGGGAUUCUGCGCUUGAAUGUAGUUUAUACAGAGGAAUAAGCUACUGGAGUUCACGGUGAGCUGUUUGCUGAUUUCAAAAGUGCAUAAAUGUGACUUAAACAUGGCAGUAUAGAUUUGGCUGUGCUUCAGAGAGCGCACCAAAGCACCACAUGCUGCUUCAAAAAUACCAUUCAUUGAGUUUUUGUCAGUUUGCAACAGCUUUAGCUGUGUGUCUUCAGCCUGGAAAGCUAAAAACCUGGGAGUUUGUCUCUUCUAGGCACAACUUUCUAACUAAUAUGGCUUAUUUUUUUCUAAUAAAUAUGGCAACAAGUA